AUGUUACUGAACAGGAUCGCAGCACUCUCACUUAUUUCAGCAGCAGUAUCAGCAGCUGCCAUCAACUCCAGACAGCUUGGAGACAUGAAUGGUUCUAUCAGCAGCGCGAUUAAUGCAUUCAACGGCGGUAAUCAACCGAAACAGCAAGACACAACGCAACAAUUAAAAGACACCAAUAGCAACUUUGACAAGUCAGACAUGGUAACUGCAAGCAGCAGCGGCGAUGAAAAAGCAACACCAGACGAUCCAAACAACAUCGAUUGGAAGAACAUACAUCAAAUCGCACACGCACAAUUUACAGACAAUAUCAAGGGUAAUGUGAAGAUUAAAGGUAACUGGAAAGAGCCCACAGUCGUUGAGAUUGAUAUAAAUGAGGGUUUGGAAGAGCACAAGAGAUACAAUUAUUCCGUCAACGUGCAGCGGAUAGAUGAUGGCGAUUGCAACAGUGCAGGAGAUAUCCUCAACCCAGUUGGUAUUCCAGAGAACGUAAUCUGCGACGAGAAGAAACCAGAGUACUGCAAAGAAGGUGACCUGUCAGGCAAACAUGGCCAGCUCAAAAUGCACAGCCAUGGCUCAUGCAAAGAGGAAUUUAGAGAUGAAUACCUCAGGUUCUUCCCUCAACCGUUCUCUCUUCUCGGCCGCUCUGUGGUGAUCACGGAUGAAUCUAACACACGGAUUGCAUGUGCAAACAUCAUCUCAAUGAUUGACGGCACACAGAAGGAGAAAGGUAGCUUUGAAGGCACUGGAAAAACUUCAACCUACCAGGAUGACUACAGAGAACCAACGAAGACAGGAGAGGGCAAAGCACAAGUCACACCAUUUCAGGACGGCAAAACCGUUGACUCCAAUGCUGUACCGACCAAGUCUAAUCCAGCUAUCAAGGAGUCACCAUCUGUUGAUCCAAGCGUCGCUGUACUUGAAGAGAAUAACUCUUCUGGCGCUCUUUCCUCGUCAAAUUUACCAUAUAGAUUCUUUGGUUUGACCAUUGUUUCGGCCAUGUUUGGUGCCAUCAUUCUUUGA